AUAGUCGGAAAAUUACGAUUCAAAAUUUCAUAUUUCUCAACUCGAAACAUAUUAGUCCAUAGAUCGAUCAGAGAUCGAUUGGUAGCGGGUCAGAAGUGUUAAAUGGGAACUAUAGUUAGUUCUAUGGAAAAGCCGAUGAUGUACGUUAAUAUGGAUAGUCCACAUGCACAGUUCGUUCGUGACACAAUCAACAACAACAAGGUCGUGAUCUUUAGCAAGACCUAUUGCCCCUACUGCAGCAUGGCCAAGGAGCAGUUCCGCAAGCUGAACGUGGAGAUGACCGUGAUCGAGCUGGACCUGCGCAGCGAUGCCGACGAGCUUCAGGCGGUGCUUGGCGAGCUAACUGGUGCUCGCACAGUGCCACGCUGCUUCAUCAAUGGCAAAUUCAUUGGCGGCGGCACUGACGUGAAGCGUCUCUACGAGAACGGCACCUUGCAGCGAUACUUCCAGUGACGUUCCAAUUGGAGAGGCCUAUGAGAGUUUAGAGUUGGAGCAGCAGCAGCAGCACCACCACCAAUUGAAGUUCUGUUUGAUUUGAGUUUUGAUUGAGAAAUAAUAGAAAUA